AUGCUGUUGAUCAAACUGGAAUGCGAUCAAACUGCUGCGAUGUUCAAACUGGAAUUACUGGAGCAAUAUGGCUCUCAAGGAUUCAAAAGUGAAAUCCUGAAACUCGAUUCGACCGUCAAUCAGCUGCAAGCCGAUUUAAAUGAUAGGAGCCAGGAGUUGCUUGCAAGCGACGUCAAAUUUCAGAGGAGAGUGGAGAGGACCCAACACACUUGUACUUGUGCACUUGUACCAAGCUUGGUAUUCACUUUGAAGAAAGGAAACUGA